AUGGGACGACGACCUGUGAAAAAUUCAACACCAACGUCUGAUCUGAAAACUGGCGAUGUAGUUUGGGCUCCAUAUCGACGUUUUCCAGAAUGGCCAGCGCUGGUUCGCUGCGUCUAUCCGAAAAAAGUCACUUACACGUUUUUGCCAAUUGACGAAAGUUCAAAUCUGAAGUCAUCAAUUUUCAGUUGUCCACCGCAAAAGCUUCGACUUUUAACUGGCAAUGAACCUUUACCUGCUGGAGCAAAAAAUGAUAUGAAGGAAGCGUAUAAGGCAGCACUUGAAAUAUUGAAGAAAAGUGGGCUUCUAGGUGCUGGCCAUCAUAUGUCAGAAGAAUUAGCAGCUUUUAAAACGAGUGAAAUCAAUAAGCAGAGCGUACUGGGUGAUCUUGUAAAGAAGACUAAGAAAGAUAGUGAUGCAGCAAGUAGCGGCGAUACGGCAAGUAAUGCAAGCGCACCGCACGUUUGGGGUAUUGGUGAAGUUGUUUGGCUUAGUAUGCCAAAUCAUUCUGAAUGGCCAGUUGUGAUCCGUGAAUUGAAGAAGAAAUUUGCAAUGGUGGAUGCUUUUCCACUCAAAUUUAAUUGCAAACCCGAGCGUUACCCACUGAGUGCUUGUCAGAAAUUUGAAUUAACAGGCAAAAAUUUGGAAGCUGCUAUCAGAAAGGAACGAAAUUGCGAACUGCGUAUGGCACUUCAAAGUGUUAUGAAAUAUUUCAAACGCAGAGAACAAAUGAACAACGUAGAGAAAUCAGACACAGAGGAUAAUGAUACUACAAAGGUUGAUGUUGAAAAUGACACACAGCAGGGACGUGAUAGAAAAGGUAGAAGUGCUACUGGUGGCUUGGAAGAGGAAUUGCAGUGUAUGGAUGGUGAAGCAGAAGCGAAAUUAGCUGGAAUGUUGAGAGAAAGAGAAAAUAAACGCGAUGGAAAGAGACAUUUGGAUAAAUCACCGUCUCCAGCAGCAAAAAGACAGAAAUUUUCGGAUGUUAUGAAAGAUUUAGAAACUGAAUUAAGCGAAAAGUUGGAAAAUUUAAGUAAAGGUGAUCUGGCUUGGAUUAAUCGAGCACGAAGUGGUCGUAUCGUGAAGUGGCCUAUUCUCGUUUUGAAAGUUGACAACGUUAAUAAAUCAUGUGUUUGUACUGAGCUACCUUUGGAUGAUAUGUCAGCUAAUGCGGAAUGGUGUCUGAAUUCAGAAAAGACUCUCGUAGUGCAGUUGAAAAACAUCUAUCUAUAUGAUACAGUGGAAGCAAAAGUUGAUGAGAUCGAGGAUGAGGAACUAAAAGCAGCUAUCCAGCAAGCUGAUGAAAUUGCUGAAGGUAGUUAUCGACCUUUUGAUGAUGAACGGAGCAGUUUUGAUAAGAAUGGGAAUUCAAACAUCCGAGAAAACGGAUGCAAAACUGCAUCAAGCAGUGUUUUAGCACCCAAGGAAAUCUUACGAUUAUGCAAGUCAGAAAUGUGCGCAAGACAUUUGAUGGCCAUUUGGACUGGUCAGUUCACAUGCACACGUCAUGCUAGUUAUGAACCACCGGUUAUGGCACCGCUGCACUUUGAAUUAAAUACUGGAGAUUUACUACCAGAAACGGAUGCAAUUUUACUGGUUGAGCAUUUGGAUGCAACUGUUGCCAAAUUCAAGGAUGCAAUGAAAUCAUCACUACGGCGGCUGCACUAUGUUACUACAGUUGCAGUACCGGAAGCAGUUGUGUUUGCUAUUACACAGAUUCGCUACUGUUCUGGAAGUGAGGCAAAUGAAAUUUUUGAAAAUGCAUUGCUAAAAACGGUAGAGAAGACUCCUAGCGAACCAAGUGAUGAAAUUGGUGCAACAACUGGUUUCGAACAACUUCUGAAGGCAGCGUCCAAAGUGCGAUGUGCAGCAUUAGGGAUGGAUUAG